GUCCUGCAAGUCCGCCUCUUGGGCAGCUCAGCAAUGGUACGUGAUGCCAUCUAGCAUACAGCGUUAAACGUGAACCUUUGCUGCACAUUGUCUCUCGUGGUGAACAAGUACGCACACGCGCACGCGAUAUAGAAAACCUGCGGAAACCGCGUCCAUUGAAGAGGAAGGGUGUGCGGAAAGCAAAACUACUCGAAUGCCCACACAGGGGUCACAGGUGUACUGGCACCAAUUACCAGAGAAGACGCCGCCGUGGCGCAACGCCGCGGAGCUGCGCACGUGCAUUCAGGAGAGCAGACAAGCCGCCACAUCAAUUCUGCAAGCUGCGUGGGAUGGGCAGCAUCACAGCGGCAGAAAGCGGCCGCGUCUCUUGUCAGAGCACGAGAGGAGGCUGCAGGCGGCCAAACAAAGACGGCGAGCCAUCGUGCAGCAGCUUGAGGACCCGCACAUUCACCGCGGUGUCGUGCCGGAACCGCACGCGACACCGCUGCGCGUUGUGAACCUCAUCAUGGAGCACCUCGGCCAGCCUAUCGUCUCGCACGCGGAGGCAGACGCUGCGGUGGACAAGAUUGUUACGAACUACAACGCACUGACGCAGCAGUCCCAGUCACAGGCCGGCCUGAGGAUGGGUGGCCGGGACGGUAGAACGGCAGAGAGCCACCAGAAUAGUGACGGCGGCGCACCGACGCGUCGCAGCCGCAGACGGCAGCGCAGAUUGGACCCGGUCGCUGCAGCGUCAAAGUCGGUGCUCUCGCAGACGCAACCCACGGACACCCUCCACGGCACGCAGCCCACCUCAUCGCAGAACCCGCGACGGCACGGUGUUGGACUCGCCACGGACAUGCAGAACUCGCUUUUGCUCGACGUCGUCUGCGAGCUCUGCGGACCGCGUGCACUGCGCUUCAAACGACUCUCACGCGCCGACUUGGGCUCGAUGAAUUGGCGGGUUACCUCCGUCGAGGCGGUGCCGCACCGUCGCGUGGUGCUGCUCGCCGACCGCCGUGAUCCCUACUUCGCGGUGUUGUUUGGUCUGGCGCGUGGGGUGACCCCCGAGCCCUACGUGGUGGCCACCCUGCAGCAGGAUGGACGCACCCCCGACUCGCUGCCGCGCUACAGCCGCACCGAAGUGCCAUUCACGCAGGUUGUUUGUGUCGCCCCUGCCCCGGUGCCGUGGCGGCGGGUGUGGAAGAACAUUUCUGUUUCCGCCUUUCGCAAUGAGUUCGCAGCGGCUGUGGUGGAGGUGGAAACCGAGGAGAGCGACAAGGGCAGCCGAGGGGCUUCCGCCGACGCGCAUAAUGUGAAAGGAUCAAGCGACAUCCGUGCAUCGUUUGCGAACAGCAAGGCACCGCACCGUUCUUCACACAAUAAUAACCACCGUGAUGGAUCUCUGUCGGAGCAACAGCUGCCACGCGGGGUGACCCUUCUGGGGGACGAUGGAGAGGACGACGACGACGCAGAAGACGAGCUGCUUCCGCCAACCGCCGCCACGGCGGCGCAUCCCUCUCACGUGUCGGGAUCCACCGGUCCAACUUCACCGCUUGAUAUCACCAAAACGACGACGAUGGAGUCCAAGUGGAUCAACACUGCACCGAUGUUUGAGAAGCUGGCGCCUUUGAUGGUGCACAGCAGCAGCUUGUACGGCUACGGCAACAUGACCGACGAGGACGGAGGUCAGCUGGACCCGCUUCAACGGCUGCCUCGCACAGAGGCGCGGGAUCGCAUGGCCAACGCAAAGCUGCGCGUGUGGUAUCGUCGAUUGUUGCCGCGUCCCAUGGCAGCGGAGCUGAUGGGACGUCUCCGCGAGAUGAACAACGAGGAUUAA